ACAAAUGUCACUUUGACAACUCGCCAUUGCUCCUCUGCUGGCGCCUCCGCCGACGUCGGCGUCGAUCGUGCCGCAAAUGAUUUGCGUGCCGUUCUUGCGUUAGCGCUUUUGGUUCCGUGCCGAUUUUGAUUUCCUCCGCUUCUGUUGCAUGCGUCGUCAUCGCAAACAUCGCCCAUUGAUAAACCAGAGCCCACAAGGCAACAACACCAACACCAACAACAGCAAAAGUGCAAGUGAAAAGCAAAAGUGUUGCCACGAAAGAACCAAAACAAUAAACUGCUAAAUUGCAGUUGCCAGAAUCAAAACAAAAAUCAUAAAAAAACAAACCAUUUUGAAAAGCAAUUGAGAAAGGAUUGAGGGAUUUGGAAUUUUCAUAGGCAGAAUUUUCUGAAAAGCAUUAAUCAAAAGCUGUUUUAUCUUUAGAUAAGCUUAAAGUUAUUUCCUAGGUUUCUAAAAAACUUAAAACCACCUAAUAUAUUGUAAAAUGGGCUAAUAUUAGUUCGUUAUUAUGAACAUUAACUAUAAAUCACACAUUAAUCGAAUAUUUUUGAAGGGAACAAGAAACUAUCUUAAGCUUUUAAUACUCCUUAGAAUUUAAAGUAAUGUCAUUUCAAAGACAUUUACAAAGACAACUUCAGUAAAACUUCCUAAAAACUUCAGUAAUAUACAAAAUAUAUCAAAGCUUAAUGAUCCAAGAAAGGUCAUGUUUAUUACUUGUAUUUGUCCAUUGAAAGGAUACAAUUUUAUCAAUUCUCACCAUUUUUAUAUUAACUAUUGUAUUCUCAUUCGUUUAAUAAGAAUUCAAAAUACCUCACGUAUGGAAAAAUCAAUAUUCUCAGACACAGAAAAGCCAAGUUUUAGAUUUAUAAGGUUUCAUAAUCUUAAUCUUUUUCAGACUGUCGUUACCUUUAUUUUUCUAAUAACUUUUCUGCUAAGUUGAUAAUCAGUUAAAACAUUUUAUAAACUUAAAUUUUAUACUUUAAAUCGAGUUUAAAUAUAUUUCAAAUUUAAAACGUUUAUCAUUCUCAAACAUAGAAAGAUUAUUAAAAAUAAUAAAGAGAAUGGAAGGGGCUAGAGUUUUUUAGAUUGCCUUUGCAAUUAUUUAAUUUGCAGAACAGUUUAAAUAAAUAAACAAAUUAUGCAGUUCUAUAGAAAGGCCAACAAUGGUUGUUAUUGCGACAGAAGCCCAUUACCAAAUUAGUCUAAUUGGUUUGAUAAAAUAUAAAAUAGCGGAAACCCAUUUUCCCGAAAUAUUUAAAAGCAAUGUAAAUUGUAUUGCUACCGGUGGCCAAUUACUGAAUAGAUCUAAUGGGUCCAAUCAAAGUUAUAGUUUUCAGCAAUAAAAUAAUGCCAUUAGCCAGCACAAUGAUUCCCCAGCCUUUCUCGAUUGCUGAAUCACAGUUUCGCAUAAAAUCUCUCAUAUAGCUCCAGCCAACUGAAACUGCAGUGCAAUAAAAACAAAAAAUAAAAACAAAAAACAACAAACAAAAAGGAGUGCGAGAAAUGAAAAAAGCAAACAAAAUGUAAGCGUGAUGAUAAUUAAAAAUAAAUACAAAGAAGCAACUACAAAAAAAGCUGAAAUUUACGCGUGGCCGCAACUCCGAAACCGAAAACCCAAAACCCGCAGCAGGAUCUCAACGGAUCUGAUCGCACUCAGCUUCUGGCUGUCUGUGUGCGUGCCUCUCUCUCUGUGUGUGUAUGUGUGCUAGUGUGAGAGUGCAUCCAGAGCCAAGCCAAAUCAAUAAAUAAAAACCAAUUACAAAAAAUAAGAAAGAAAAAAAGAUACAACCUGUACGGCAGACGAGCUGAAGGCAGGAGAAGACAACGACGACCGCGACGACGAAAAAUUGAUACGAAAAAUAAUAAGAGUAAAAAUCAUUCACGACGGCGACCAUAACGAACUCCGCCCUAGCAAUGAGCCAGCUGGGCACCGUCUACGCCACCAAGCGAAGGCGACGCAACGGCAAAAGCCUGAAGCCGCCGCCCAAGGAUGGCGUCACAAAGAGCAAUCCAUCAAAGCGGCAUCGGGAGCGCCUCAACGCCGAGCUGGAUCUGUUGGCCUCGCUGCUGCCCUUCGAGCAGAACAUCUUGAGCAAACUGGAUCGACUGAGCAUUCUAAGGCUGUCCGUUAGUUAUUUAAGAACCAAAAGUUAUUUUCAAGUUGUUAUGCAUAAGGAUAAGGAGGAGAACGGUGUCCUGCCCCACAUACACGCACAUGACGGCUACAGGACACGAGAGCUGGGAGCCUUCGAGCACGGCCUGUUGGAUGGUGAUAUGUUCCUCCAGGCCCUAAAUGGAUUUCUAAUGAUACUGACAUGCGAAGGCGAAGUCUUCUUUGCCACGCACAGCAUCGAGAGCUAUUUGGGUUUUCAUCAGUCGGAUAUUGUCCACCAGUCAGUGUACGAACUGGUCCAUUCGGAGGAUCGCGAGGAACUGCAGCGCCAGCUGCUGUGGAACAGCUUCCUGCCCGCCGACAUGUCCAGCAUGCAGCUGUCGGGGACUUUGGCGCCGGACAAGGCACUCUAUCUGGAGCGCAGUUUCACAGUCCGCUUUCGCUGCCUCUUGGACAACACCAGUGGCUUCCUGCGCCUGGACAUUCGUGGCCGAAUCAAGGUUCUGCAUGGCCAGAACCGCAAGACGGAGGAGCCCCCGCUAGCCCUCUUUGCCUAUUGCACGCCCUUUGGACCACCCAGUCUGCUGGAGAUUCCACAUAAGGAGAACAUGUUCAAGUCUAAGCACAAGCUAGACUUCUCCCUGGUAUCGAUGGAUCAGCGCGGCAAACACAUCCUGGGCUACGCGGACGCAGAACUGGUCAACAUGGGCGGCUACGAUCUGGUGCACUACGAUGACCUCGCCUACGUGGCCAGUGCCCAUCAAGAACUUCUGAAGACGGGUGCCUCCGGCAUGAUUGCCUACCGCUACCAAAAGAAGGAUGGCGAGUGGCAGUGGCUGCAGACGAGUUCCCGCCUGGUGUACAAGAACUCCAAGCCGGACUUUGUGAUCUGCACGCAUCGCCAGCUGAUGGACGAGGAGGGCCACGAUCUGCUAGGCAAACGAACAAUGGACUUCAAAGUUAGCUAUUUGGAUACAGGCCUGGCGUCCACUUACUUCUCCGAGGCGGAUCAGCUGGUAGUGCCAACGAGCGCAUCUCCUACGGCCCACGCCCUGCCGCCUCCGGUGACGCCAACACGACCAAAUCGACGCUAUAAGACGCAGUUGCGAGAUUUCCUCUCCACAUGCCGCAGCAAACGCAAGCUGCAGCAGCAACAAAAUCAACAGCAGACGCAGCAAACCUCGCCCCUUGGUGGCCAGGUGGGCUCUCCUGCUCCGGCUGUGGCCGUGGAAUACUUGCCUGAUCCGGCGGCAGCGGUGGCCGCCGCCUACUCCAACCUGAAUCCCAUGUACACAACCUCGCCGUACGCCAGUGCAGCGGACAAUCUCUACAUGGGCAGCUCUAUGCCAGCCAACGCCUUCUACCCGGUCAGUGAGAACCUCUUCCAUCAGUACCGGCUGCAAGGUGCCGUUGGUGGUUACUACACGGAUUACCCGCACUCUGGCGCUCCGGCCUCGGCUUAUGUGGCGAAUGGUUUCCUCUCUUACGACGGAUACGCCAUCGCCUCGAAGGCGGAUGAAAAGUGGCAAGAGACUGGAAAGUACUACAGUGGCUACAGCAGCGGCUAUGGGAGCCCGACAUCCACGCCACAGCAAAUUCCCCUUAAGACGCCGAAGUCUUCACCCCAGGUGAUGGAGGUGAUAUCCUGCUCCUCGGAUGGACCCUCUCCCGUGGGUGGCGCCACGCCCAAUGGAGCUGGAAGUGUAACGCCGAAAGUGGAAUUGGCCGCAACAACGGCUGCUGCAGUUGGUGGCCAGGACCCUUACGAGCGCCAGACUGUGCUGAUGUGGGGCACCACGCACUCCAGCGGGGUACCACUGAAUAGUCUGCAAGGUGGGCGGAGUGGAACAGGAAAUCCUGGCUCACCACAGCGAUCCACUCCUCUGACCAAUGGACUUGGCUAUGGCAGCGCCAACAACAACAACAACAACAAUGAGCAUGAACCUGCAACAGCGGCCAAGUGGAACGGGACGAAGGAGCUGCCCGGAAAGUCAGCCAGCGCCAGUACACCGGAGAGCUACCAGAUGCAGCAUGACGACUCCGGCCUGUACUCCGCCUCAUCGCACACAACCUCGCCCCAGCAGCAGCAGCAGCAACAACAGCAGCAGCAGCUCCAACAGUCGCAGCGAGGAGUUGGUUCCAAUGUUAGCGCCCCCAGCAGUUCCCUUACCAGCACGGGCACAGAUCAACAGGCGGUGCACCCACCCAGUUGCCACCAACAACAACAGCAACAGCAGCAGCAACAGCAACAACAUCAUCACGCCCACCCGCAUCCACACUCGCAUCAUCACCAUCAUCAUCAUCAUCACCACGAGACGGCGCAUCAGCACGGCAGCGAGAUCAUACUCACCACCCAUCAGCAGCAGCAGCAACAGCCGCAGCAGCAGCAAUCGCUGGCUGGUUAUCCGCUGCACCACCAGCUGGUGGGAGUCGGAUCAGGAUCACCGCCACCGCCACCAGCCACGUUGUCCCGCUCGCCCACUGCUCUGCCAGCGGUUAGCAGCCUGCUUAAUGGAUCAGCUUCAGCAGGAUCAGCAUCGGAUAUACCCUAUCAACAGCUGGCCAUUGUGUCCGCUCCACUGGUGAUCUGCGCCGAAGAGUUGGGCGGAGGCGUCAGCAGCAUUGGACGCAAGUCGUCCAAGCAUCAACAGUCCCUGCAACAUUUGCAGCAACAGCAGCAGUCCCUGCAGCAGCAGCAACAUGCAAUAUAUCAGCAGCAACAUCACCACACGCAGCAUCAUCCGCAUCAUCAGCUGCUCUAUCCGGCGAAUAUUACGGCGCACACGGCGCUGGCCUAUGCCCCGCCCACUGCCGGUGGGGCGUAUGCCGAUGGCAGUCCGCUGCUCUCCUUCUCCGAGGUGACCAACACGCUGCUGAACCAGUGAACGUUGUGAAUGUCGUGAGAGGGGAAGUGAGGAAGGAAGGGAACCGUUCAACAGUUUUGCCAAAAUGUGGACUAUGACUAUCGUAUCUUCCAUAAUCUGAACCAGCUACGAAUGGAUAUAGCCAGCGCACGCCAUUCGUCCACCCAAUCCUUGGUUGAUUCUCAGAAAACAGCAGCAUCCGAGAAGAUUUCUAUUUAUUUUACUGUGAUAAUUUAUAGAUACAUUGUAUUGUAUGUGACACUAGGUUUUACCCAUUCAACAACAUUCCAUAUCAAGCCGUAAUAGCCGUAUCCAAACUUCCAGGGAAUUGGGAAUGGGUACUGCAACCUUAACCAGCACAAAGUUAGGAAGCGAACCCCCCCGUUGAUCCUAGGCAAUCAUAGGGUAGAUGGCGGGCAGCUUCGACAUUCAAUUUCAGUUGUAGUUACAACCAAAGAUUUCUCUAACUUAUACCUAUAUCAUUUUAGCAUAAUACGAUCCAUCCAAUUGGCUUCGAAUUUGUUGCGCCAAAACAAACUUUAGUUACACUUCAGUUACACUCGUCAACAGAGUAAGGGAUAAAUGCCUAAAUAGUUGCGUUAAAGAGGAGUGCUUAAGUAGCAUUUAAGUGAAUAACAGAUGCUUGUAUCCAUAUUUAAUUGAACUUUAGACGUAACGAUUAAUGCAAGAUAAAGUAAUUUUCAUGAUUCCUAUCGUUUAGCAAGUAAUUAAAUUAAUCCGUAAGCGGUAUAAAUCCGUAAACACAUAAUGUAUUGUAUGUUUAAAGUUUUCUUGGAAUUUCUAGUCGCCCGCAUAAAAACAUUUACUUAUAAAUUAAACAAAAUACCUUAAAAUGUACACUUCAAUGGUAUACAAACUCGUAUGUUUUGCAAUUCGGCAGGCAAUACUGUAGGUAGUCUGUACUACUUGUAUGAGGAUAACCGACUAUUGGUAACCGCCAAUGAAUAAGCUAUCUAAAUUACCGCUUCAAAUUCGAUGAUUGAUUAUGUAUUCGAAAAAAACAAAAAUAAAUUUAAAAUGUAGAUAAUCUGUCAGCGAAUUAACAAAACAUUUAAUACCAUUUCAAUUAUAAAUUUAUAAAAGAAACCCGAGUGCAUGUAAAGCGCGCCUAUCCAAAACAA